GGAUAAUUUUAUUUGCAAGCAUCCUUAUUUUAGAGGAAGAGGGAGUACAAUAUUCAAGUAUUUAAAAAUACUCAUUUAAUAACUAAAAUAAUAAUACGAUAUAUCGCCGGCGAAGCACAGGCGACGAGCACAAAGUCGUCGACCGAAUCAACACACAGAUAUAUAUAUAUAUAUACAUAUAUUAUAUAGAUAUAGAAUAAAGGUUGCGAGAAAUGGACGCAGAGGCGAUUGUGAAGGAAUUGAGAGGGACGUACGGGAGUGGGAAGACGAAGAGUUACGAGUGGAGAGUGUCGCAGUUGAAAGCUUUAUUGAAGAUUGCUGAGAAUCAUGAGAAGGAGAUUACCGAUGCUCUUUAUUCUGACCUCUCUAAGCCUGAACUCGAAGCCUUUAUUCAUGAGGUUUCUAUGAUGAAAACAGCAUGUAAACUUGCAUUGAAGGAACUAAAACGGUGGAUGAAGCCGGAAAAAGUCAAAGCUUCAUUAACCUCGUUUCCUUCAUCAGCUGAAAUAGUUCCAGAACCUCUCGGUGUUGUAUUGGUCAUAUCAGCAUGGAACUAUCCGUUCUUGUUGUCCCUUGAUCCAGUGAUUGGAGCUAUUGCUGCUGGUAAUGCUGUAGUUCUGAAACCAUCAGAAAUAGCCCCAGCUACAUCUUCAGUGCUUGCAAAGCUGUUAGGGCAGUAUAUGGAUGUGUCUGCUAUCAGAGUUGUAGAAGGGGCAGUACCUGAGACAACUGCAUUACUAGAGCAAAAAUGGGACAAGAUAUUUUACACAGGAAAUGGAAAAGUUGGACGGAUUGUGCUGGCUGCUGCUGCAAAGCACUUGACACCUGUGGUUUUGGAGCUAGGUGGUAAAUCUCCAGUUGUGGUGGAUUCAAACAUCGAUUACAAGAUUGCAGUAAGGCGUAUUAUUGCUGGCAAGUGGGGCUGCAACAAUGGACAAGCGUGCAUCUCUCCUGAUUAUAUAAUCACUACCAAAGAAAGUGUGCCAAAAUUGCUAGAUGCUAUGAAACAGGAAUUGGAGAAAUUCUAUGGAAAGGAUCCGCUAAAAUCAGGAGAUCUAUCUCGCAUUGUGAAUGCUAACCACUUUCAACGACUAUCAAAGUUACUGGAUGAUAAUAAGGUUGUCGAUAAGGUAGUCCAUGGAGGUCAGAGAGAUGAAAAUAAUUUAAAGAUCUCUCCUACAAUUCUUCUGGAUGUCCCAGAAGAUUCUUUAAUCAUGAAGGAGGAAAUAUUUGGUCCUCUACUUCCUAUUAUCACGGUCAAUAAAGUGGAGGAUUCUAUACAAUUCAUUAAAGCCAGAGAAAAGCCACUUGCAGCAUAUCUGUUCACAAGCAACAAGAAACUGGAGGAGGAGUUUGUCAUGAAUAUAUCAGCAGGGGGUCUGCUUAUCAAUGACACCACUUUACAAGUUGCGCUUUCUACUCUUCCAUUUGGAGGAGUAGGGGAAAGUGGAAUGGGUUCAUGUCAUGGCAAAUUUUCGUUUGAUACUUUCAGCCAUAAGAAGGCAGUUCUACGUCGCAGUUUUGCUGGGGAUGUACCUGCAAGAUAUCCACCUUAUACAGCUGGCAAGGCACGAUUUCUCAAAGCCCUGUUAAAUGGUGAUAUAAUCGGGCUCAUUCGUGCUUUGAUUGGGUGGUAAAAGUUCCAUUCAAUAUUUGAAUCUGGGAUUUCUGGUGUGAGCCCACUACUACACUUGUAAGUAGUUGAUCCUCUACCCUUGAGGCAUAAAUUACCUUCCACAUUUUCAAGUCACUCCUUUUAUAAAUUUCAUGUCUCGCUAUGUUACUAUAUACUAUUUGUUUUUUCUUGUAUAAAUGUUCUACAUUAUCUAAUUGUUAUUAAUAAUAGAAUUUCUACUAAUAGUUAGUCAUCUAA